AUGAGGAAAUGGCACAGGCAGGAUGCGGAAGCGUCCGCGAAGCGCCAGUGCGCGAGGGAAGCAGAAACAGAGAGUACGGCCUCAGGACCGAAGAGAAAGAGAGCCGGGGAAGCGGCGGUGGGGGGCAAGAAACGGCGACCGGGCUCUGCCGUAGAAGCGAGUAGGGCGGCCGAGGUUGCGAAGGUCGUAGCUCCCAAGAAGGCCAAGCUGGAGGAGAUGAACAGCUUGCUGGCUGCUGCGAAUGCGACCCUGGCGAUCAAGCAGGCGGAGCUGAAAGAAGUCAACGACAAGGUCGAGGCCCUGGAGGCGCAGUGUGCCGCGACCGUGGGCGAGAAGAAGCGCCUCGCCGACGAGGCCGAGACCACCGCCAACAGGCUGGUGCGAGCGGAGAAGCUGACCUCCGGCCUUGCGUCCGAGGGCGUGCGGUGGCUUGAGUCCCUCGAGAACCUGGGCAAACAGAAGGUGGACCUUAUCGGCGACGCGUUCUUGUCCUGCGGGUGUCUCUCGUACUAUGGCCCCUUCACAGGGGGCUACCGCGACGACCUCGUGGCGACUUGGAUGAAGAGGGUCAAGCAAGAAGGCAUCCCCUGCAGUGGGGGGGGCGACAGUACCGGAGGAGACGGGGACGAUGAAACUGGUGAUGGCGGUGGUGGCGAUGGCGUUGGUGGGUUCUCCCUGAUUGGGACGCUGGGGGACCCGGUGGAGAUUCGAGGGUGGCAAAACUGUGCUCUCCCGACGGAUAAGGUGUCCACGGACUCAGCCAUUUUAGUGGCGAAGGGGACGAGAUGGCCCCUGAUGAUAGACCCGCAGGGACAAGCCAACAAGUGGAUAAAGAAGAUGCACGAGGGGGAUGACAUCGAGGUAACCACCAUGACCAAUGCCAAGCUGCUACGGUCCCUAGAGAACUGCAUUAGGGUCGGUCGGCCUCUCCUGAUCGAGGACAUCACGGAGCACAUAGAGCCCGCGCUCGAGCCUGUCCUUCAGAAGGCGACUUUCAAGCAAGGAAACCGGACUCUCAUCAGGAUCGGCGACUCGGACGUGGACUACGCCGACUCCUUCAAGAUGUACCUCACAACUAAAAUGCCCAACCCACACUACCUCCCCGAGGUGUGCAUCAAGGUCAACAUUAUCAACUUCACCGUCACCAUGGAAGGCCUGGAGGAUCAGCUACUAGGACAGGCAAGAAGAGACGUUGUGGGACAACCACUUGUCGUCGCGAAAGAGCGGCCGGACAUCGAGAAACGCAAGACUCAGCUCCUGCUGAGAAUGGCCGAAGACAAAAAACAGCUCUCCGACCUGGAGGCCCGGAUCCUCUAUCUCUUGUCCAACUCCUCCGGAAACAUCCUUGACGACGAGGUCCUGAUCAACACCCUCGCGGAUUCAAAGACAACCUCCAGCAUCAUCAAGGAACGGGUGGAGGAGAGCGAGAAGACGGAGAUCGAGAUCGAUCUCGCGCGGAAGAAGUACACACCGGUCGCCACGCGAGGGUCGAUCAUCUACUUCGUCAUCGCUGACCUCUCCGGCAUCGACCCGAUGUACCAGUACUCGCUCCAGUACUAUCAGACACUCUUCGACAGAAACAUCUGCCGCGGGUUGUUCGAGAGGCAUAAGCUGCUCUUCAGCGCGCUCAUUUGCUUCCAGAUCCUCCGGCAUCGUUGCGAGAUACCCCGGGAGGAGUGGGCGCUGUUCCUGCGCGGACCGGGGCCCGUAGACCGGUCCGCGCAGCCCCCGAACCCGAACCCGGCCCGGUUGACGCCCGUGCAGUGGGAUCUUCUGUUCGCCGCGGAGCAUCGCGCAGUGGGGGGCGGUGGCCACUCCAACCAAAGUGGGGGCGGGCAGGAGGAGGAAGGAGAUGAAGGUGUUGAUGGUGCUGCAUCUUCGCCGCUCGAGGGUCUUUGCGAGAGCUUGACGGAAAGUUGGGAGGCCUGGGUUUCCUGGGCGGAUAAGGGGGAAGUCUGGGACGACUCGCGGAUUCCCGGCUGGUUUUUCGGGAAAGGGAAGGAGGAUGAAGGGGCGAGCUCGUUCCAGAAGUUGCUUCUCGUCAAGGCGUUUCGAGAGGACCAGCUGCUGCGGUGUAUCGCCAAGUUCGUCGGAGAGAAACUCGGCAGCAGCUUUGCGGAGAGCCCUUCGGCAUCGAUGGAGAAUAUCUACGCGGACUUAGAUAACAAGACCCCCUGCAUCUUCAUCCUGUCCACCGGCGCCGACCCGACGUCCAUGCUACUUCGAUUCGCGAAGGGGCCCUACGCGGCAGAGCUAGUUGAGAAGGGAACCAAAACGGGGGACUGGGUUUUACUGCAAAACUGCAUGCUUGCCAAGUCGUGGAUGCCCGCACUGGAGAAGAUCGUCUUUGGGCUAGCCAACGCCACGGAGGUCAACAACGAGGCCUUCCGCCUCUACUUAACCAGCGCGCCGGCCACGUACUUCCCCGUGUCUAUCCUCCAGAACGGCGUGAAGAUGACCAACGAGCCGCCCAAGGGCAUCAGGGCGAACGUCACCAGGUCUUGGGCGAACCUUAUGAAGGAGGAUGAAUGGGAAACUUGCGCCAAGAGGGACGAGUUCAAGAGGAUGAUCGUCGGACUUCUCUUCUUCCACGCCAACAUUCAGGAAAGAAGGAAGUUCGGACCACUGGGGUGGAACAUUCGGUACGCCUUCGACGAGUCCGACCUCGAAACUUCCAUCGCGGUCAUGAGAAAGUUCCUCGAGGAGCAGGACGAGGUCCCGUGGGAUGCACUUCGCUACGUGACCGGGCAGAUCAACUACGGCGGAAGGGUCACCGACGACUGGGACCGGCGCUGCCUCAUGAGUGUCUUGGGGAUCUACAUUAACGAUGGAAUCCUCAAGUCCGGAUACAGGUUCAGCGGCUCCGGCAUAUACUUCUCACCGCCCCCUGGUCCCUUCCAGGGCGUGAGCGACUACUUCGGGCAGCUUCCUGGGGUGGACAACCCCGAGAUUUUCGGUAUGCACGAGAACGCCAACGUGACUUUCAACACCAACGAGUCGCUGGGCCUCAUGCAGACGGCGAGUGCUCGUUCCCUCGCGGGCGGAGGCCGGAGCAACGACGAUAUUGUAACGGAACUUGCCGAGGAGCUCGAGGCUCAGAUCCCGCCGCUUCUGGACGACGACGACGCCGGACCUACCACCUUCGUCCUACAGGAGAACGGGCUGCUGCCAUCGCUGGCGAUCGUGCUGAAGCAGGAGAUGGUCAAGUUCAACAGGCUCCUUGCGGCUAUGGGCUCGUCCAUCACCGAGCUCAAGAAGGCCAUCAAGGGGCUCGUUGUCAUGUCUCAGGAUCUUGACCGCAUGUACACAAGCUUCAUGAACAACCAAGUGCCGGCGCUUUGGACGCGCGUGAGUUUCGCCAGCCUCAAAAGUCUUGCAUCUUGGAACAAGGACCUCCUCUUCAGGAAAAAGAGGAAGAAGGAGGACCAACACGAUCGCCUGAGUGUGACAAGCGGCGGCGGUGUAGCUUUCCCGUCCACCUGUAUUUGCCGGUCUAAGAAGAAGAUGCUACAGCACGCUGAUUCACCGUUCUGGUCUCUCAUCGUGUUGACAGGCGCGAGGUGGGAUUCCGACGCCUGGAAGCUCCGCGAGUCCCACCCCGGAGAGAUGUACAUGGAACUCCCGCUCAUUCACUUCAUGCCCGCGGCGGGGCAUAAGACAGCGGAGUGGGACUACGCGUGCCCCGUAUACAAGACGGCCGAGAGAAAGGGAGUGCUCAGCACCACGGGCAUGUCGACAAACUUCGUCAUCGCCGUGGAGCUGCCCACGGACGUGAGCCCGGACGUGUGGGUGAUGUUUGGUGUAGCCGCACUGUGCAACCUCACGGACUGA